GAAAAACAGAGCCGGGCUGACUGCAGCGUGUAGUGCGAGUGGAGCAGGACGCGCGCGGGCCCGCCCGGAGACCCGCGAGGAGUUGGCAUCCUCUGGAAGAGUUUGAAACCCUUUUUCUGCCCGGAGCUCCAAGACCAAUGUAUCUUCCCAUCAUCUUAAGCCACUGAGCCAUCCAGAGCCCUAGUUGCAAAAGACUUGUCCUGCCACCACCAUGAGCUCUGAAUGUGAUGUUGGUACUUCUAAAGCUGUUGUGAAUGGCUUGGCACCCGGCAGCAAUGGGACAGACAAAGCAACUGCCGAUCCUUUACGUGCACGCUCUGUUUCUGCUGUUAAAAUCAUUCCUGUGAAGACAGUGAAAAACCCCUCAGGCCUAGUUCUCCCUCCAGACAUGGAUCCUACAAAAAUCUGCACUGGGAAGGGAGCAGUGACUCUCCGGGCCUCAUCCUCCUGCAGGGAAACUCCAAGCAGCAAUCCUGUGAGCCCUCAGGAAUCCCCGCAACAUGAAAGCAAGCCAGAUGAGUGGAAGCUUUCUUCCAGUGCUGAUGCCAAUGGGAAUGCCCAGCCCUCCCCACUCGCCGCCAAGGGCUACAGAAGUGUGCAACCAAGCCUUGCUGCUGACAAGCCCCAGGAUGCCACUUCCUCCAGCCCAGCCCCGCCUGAGGGUAGUCCCUUACUAAAUGAAGUUUCCUCUACCCAUACUGAAACUGAUUCCCAAGCCUUUCCACCAACCAGCAAACCAUCGUCUGCCUACCCUUCCACUACAAUUGUCAACCCCACCAUUGUACUCUUGCAGCACAAUCGAGAACAGCAAAAACGACUCAGUAGUCUUUCAGAUCUUGCCUCAGAAAGAAGAGUGGGUGAGCAGGACUCAGCCCCAACCCAGGCAAAACCCACUUCACCUGGCAGGGCUGCUGAAAAAAGAGCGAAAGAUGACAGCAGGCGGGUGGUUAAGAGCACUCAGGAUCUAAGCGAUGUGUCCAUGGAUGAAGUGGGCAUCCCACUCCGGAAUACUGAGAGAUCGAAAGACUGGUACAAGACCAUGUUUAAACAGAUCCAUAAGCUGAACAGAGAUGACGAUUCAGAUCUGUACUCUCCUCGACACUCCUUUUCUGAUGACACAAAAUCUCCGCUUUCUGUGCCUCGUUCAAAAAGUGAGAUGAGCUACAUUGAUGGUGAGAAAGUGGUAAAGAGGUCGGCCACACUUCCUCUCCCAACCCGCUCUUCCUCACUCAAGUCCAGCCCAGAGAGAAACGACUGGGAGCCCCCAGAUAAGAAGGUGGAUACUAGAAAAUACCGUGCAGAACCUAAGAGCAUUUAUGAAUAUCAGCCCGGCAAGUCUUCUGUUCUGACCAAUGAAAAGAUGAGUCGGGAUAUAAGCCCAGAAGAGAUAGAUUUAAAGAAUGAACCUUGGUAUAAAUUCUUUUCGGAAUUGGAGUUUGGGAAACCGCCUCCCAAAAAGAUAUGGGAUUAUACUCCUGGAGACUGCUCUAUCCUUCCUAGAGAGGAUAGAAAGACUAAUCUAGAAAAAGAUCUCAACCUCUGCCAAACAGAGUUAGAGACAGAUUUAGAAAAAAUGGAGCCGGUUUCUAGAGCACCAGGUGCACACUCGCCACAGAGCUCAGCAGUCAGCCCCGCUCCAGACAUUACUUCAGAGCCUCCUGGAUACAUAUAUUCUUCCAACUUCCAUGCAGUGAAGAGAGAAUCAGAUGGGGCUCCCGGGGAUCUCACUAGCUUGGAGAACGAGAGGCAGAUUUAUAAAAGUGUUUUAGAAGGUGGCGACAUCCCUCUUCAGGGCUUGAGUGGGCUCAAGCGACCCUCCAGCUCAGCUUCCACUAAAGUGGAUCGUAAAGGUGGGAAUGCUCACGUGAUUUCUUCAUCUUCAGUUCAUAGCCGAACGUUUCUCACUAGCCAUGCAUUAGGCCCUGGGGGUAGGCACAAGAAACCCUUGUCGGCUGCGAAAGCCUGCAUUUCGGAGAUCCUCCCUUCCAAAUUCAAACCCAGGCUCUCUGCUCCCAGCGCUCUUUUGCAGGAACAGAAGAGUGUCCUGUUGCCCUCAGAGAAGGCUCAGAGCUGUGAGAACCUGUGUGUGUCACUGAAUGAUUCCAAAAGAGGCCUCCAGCUCCAGGUGGGGGGGAGCAUCGAGAACCUGCUCAUGCGCUCCCGGCGGGAUUACCGGGACUACGACAGCAAAUCCAGUAGCACCAUGAGCCUCCAGGAGUACGGCAGCAGCGCCAGGAGGCCCUGCGCGCUCUCUAGAAAAGCUGGGCUGCAUUUCUCCAUGUUCUACCGGGACAUGCACCAGAUCAACCGAGCUGGCCUCUCCCUGGGGUCUAUCUCCUCCUCAAGUGUGCGGGAUCUUGCCUCCCACUUUGAAAGGAGCAACCUGGCAUUGGCCAGGGGUGAGCUGGGUGCCAGCCAAGAGGGCUCAGAGCAUAUCCCCAAGCACACUGUGUCCUCCCGCAUCACUGCUUUUGAGCAGCUCAUUCAACGGUCCCGGUCCAUGCCAUCCCUGGACCUGUCUGGCAGGCUAAGCAAGUCACCUACACCCGUUUUGUCUCGGAGUAGCCUGACCUCCGCCCGAUCAGCGGAGUCUCUCCUUGAGUCAACCAAGCUCCGUCCAAGGGGGAUAGAUGGGUUGAAUACCGGAGGGGUCUACGCCUCCCCCACAUGUAGCAAUAUGGCAGACCACACCUUGAGCUUCAGGGGCCUCGUUCCUUCUGAGCCCCUCUCCAUCUGCUCAGAUGAGCUAGACCACUGUUCAAAUGUUUCCAACGACAGCCGAGAGGGCAGUGGGGGCAGUGUUCAUGGAGACUUCCCCAAACAUCGCCUCAACAAGUGCAAGGGCACCUGUCCUGCCUCGUAUACCCGCUUCACCACCAUCCGGAAGCAUGAGCAGCAGUCCUCCAGGCAGCCAGACUGGCGCCUGGAUUCCAGGGGAGACAAGAGCAGCCUCCUCAGGAACAUCUACCUGAUGAGCCCCCUCCCUUUUCGAUUGAAAAAGCCCCUCCAGCACCAUCCCAGACAGCCAUCACUGGGUGACUCCUCAGGCCCCCCUGCUGACCAGAAGCCAGACCUCCCCAGCCAGUCCCCUCAGGACCAGCCCCACUCUACAGGGAAGCCCUUGGUUCCCACCCGCCUGUCUUCCCGACACACCAUGGCCAGGCUUAGCCACAGCUCAGAGCCCCCUCUGGACAGAUCCGCAGGCCUGGAAGACUUCCCAAGGGUCAUUAAUAAUGGGAACCCUGUGCCCUUCUCAGACCAUGGCCUGGACAGGAACAACAACCCACAAAGUGAACUGGCACCGUCCCUUGGAGAUUCAGAACCACCAGGACAUUUUAUACCUGCUGAUUACUUGGAAUCCACAGAAGAGUUUAUUCGAAGACGUCAUGAUGAUAAAGAGAAACUUUUAGCGGACCAGAGACGACUUAAGCGUGAACAAGAAGAAGCCGAUAUUGCAGCUCGGCGCCACACGGGCGUCAUCCCGACGCAUCAUCAGUUUAUCACUAAUGAGCGCUUUGGGGACCUCCUCAAUAUAGACGAUACCGCAAAAAGGAAAUCUGGGUCAGAGAUGAGACCUGCCAGAGCCAAAUUUGACUUUAAAGCUCAGACACUAAAGGAGCUUCCUCUGCAGAAGGGAGACAUCGUUUACAUCUACAAGCAGAUUGAUCAGAACUGGUACGAAGGUGAACACCAUGGCCGGGUGGGAAUCUUCCCACGCACCUACAUCGAGCUUCUUCCUCCUGCUGAGAAGGCUCAGCCCAGAAAGCUGACACCUGUACAGGUUUUGGAAUAUGGAGAAGCCAUUGCUAAGUUUAACUUCAAUGGUGACACACAAGUAGAAAUGUCUUUCAGAAAGGGUGAGAGGAUCACGCUGCUUCGACAGGUAGAUGAGAACUGGUACGAAGGGAGGAUUCCAGGAACGUCCCGCCAAGGCAUCUUCCCCAUUACUUAUGUGGACGUGCUUAAGCGGCCACUGGUGAAAAACCCCGUGGAUCACAUCGACCUGCCUUACUCCUCCUCCCCAAGUCGCAGUGCCACUGCGAGUCCACAGUGUUCUAGUCACAGCAAGCUCAUCAUGCCAGCCCCCUCAUCUCUGCCCCAUCCCCGCCGAGCCCUGUCCCCAGAGAUGCAUGCCAUCACCUCUGAGUGGAUCUCAUUGACUGUUGGGGUUCCAUCCAGGCGUUCUCUGGCUCUGACCCCACCCUUGCCUCCUCUGCCUGAAGCUUCCAUCUAUGACACAAGUCACUUGGCUUUAUCGACGAGGGCCCGUCCCUCCUUGCCACUUAACCUUCCUUAUUCAGGUUGGUCAGAUCAGUCCACCCCACGCUCAGUGGUUUCCCCACUGGCUCUGCCUCCACCCAGCAAAGCCUACUCCCUGGCAUCCGGUGUCCAAGCCCCUCUUCACGUGAAUGGAGACAGUGGUAUCCAUAUCCGCCAAGAUGGCCUCUCCCAGCCACCACUUGGGAGCUCUGAUAGGGUCAUCUUGGAGCUUAGUGAUGCCUUUAAUAGCCAGAGCAAGAGGCAGCCCUGGGCCGAAGAGAAUGGACCAUAUGAGAGGAGAGCAGAGAGCAAGGCAGGUGAGAGAUGCCAUGGUGGACACACGAUCUCUAAGAAGAACUGCUUGAGACCUUCAGACGUGGUCAGGUGCCUGAGCUCUGAACAGAGACUCUCAGAGCUCCACAGCCUUGAGGAGAGCCGGCCCUGCAAGCCUCUGGGCAGCCCUUCCCUAGUGUGGGAGGCUGGAGCCUCAGAGCUGCGCAGAGGUGUCGAGGCUGACAGCAAGGCUGCUCAAAGUGGUGUGAGCCAGGAAGCAGUUUGCAAUGAGAUCAUAAACAUUGCCGAGAAAUCUGUUCAUUACUGCAGCACUGUCUCUCAUCCCCUUGACUUUCAUCACAAGGUAUCCCCUUCUGACAAUAAAUCAUCUUUAAUCAUUUCUCAGCAACCUCAAGCCCAGCAGCGAAGAGUCACCCCAGACAGGAGUCAAACCUCACAAGAUUUAUGUAGCUACCAAGCACUAUAUAGCUAUGUGCCACAGAAUGAUGAUGAGCUGGAACUCCGCGAUGGAGACAUAGUUGAUGUCUUGGAAAAAUGUGAUGAUGGAUGGUUUGUUGGUACUUCAAGAAGGACAAGGCAGUUUGGUACUUUUCCAGGCAACUAUGUAAAACCUCUAUAUCUAUAAGAAGACUAAAACCCAGAGAUUCUUUUUAUUGGAAGAUGAAGCAUCAUUCAUGAACUGGUCUCUUUAUUUAAAUGUUGAGUCAGGAGGAAAGUCAAUGCAGUGGAUAAAGUAAGAAGUCAAAGAGGAACAGAGAAGUGUGCUGAAACCCCACCGUGUAUCCGGGUUUGACUGUGUGCUGAGCAAAAAGGAUGGAGGCAAGUUGGUAUGGAUGUGGCUGCUUCUGGGAGCUGCUCCAGUCCCCACCCCCACCUCUGGGGUAACCAGACCUGGAGUCCAGACUGCAGCAGUGCUCCCCAGGAAUGCUUCCUGUGCCCGGCCUUCACAUGCUUCCAUCUCAAAGGGACCUUGGAGCCUAAAGCAGCCCUUGGGGACCAGGCAGGUGGAUCCACAGUAUGUUCCACAGGCUUCAAGCCUGAGCAUGCACUGCCUGUCCCUGCCUCCAUCCUUGGCUGCCCUGAAGCCACCUGACUCCCUCCUUCUCCUCCCCAGGGCUGCUAGAGGCCAAUCUUGGCUAAUAGGACCUGUUGAGGUCCAGGCAAGGAAAUGAAGGUAGACCAGGCACCCUGGUAUUCAGCCCUUUGGUAACCCUAUUUUCACAGAAUCCGGUGGUGUGCAGUGGUUCCCUUCACAUGCAUUGGCGCUUGCUGGCUGCCAGAACUCCCACGAGUAAGGCACACUCCUGGCUAAAAAGAACUCUGGUUUACCUGCGGGAAGUUUCCAGGACCCCUGCAGAAUGCCGCUGUCCCAGGGCUGAGUCCUCAUGCUCCUGGUGAGGCCUAUAUAUGCACAAAGGCAGUGGCCAGAGUGCAGAGCAGCAAUUCUGCCACUUCUGGUGGCAGCCAGGAGUCUGUCCUCUGUGGCCCUGGCUCUGAGGAGGGAGGCCCUCUGCCACCGGUAUACUUAGCCAUUACCUUGUCCAAGUUGUGAUAGGCUGUUUCUCAGCUUCUCUGUUAGAUUCCUUAAUGACACAAAGAUAGACGUGGCCUGCAAAGUAGAGCCCACUAGGGAAUCAGAGGUGAGUGGGGAGAUGCAGAAAAAAGAGAGACUGUGAUACGUGUGAAGGGUGUGAGAGGAAGAAAUGAGUUUCCCCAGAGAGACCCUAGAAAGUAUUGUCAUAUUUUUGUCUGUGUCAUCUCACUUCUGGAUGAGAGAAUGCUGGCAGAACAUUUGUCUCAGAGUACAAAGAGACUCACAGCUAGAAGUACUUGGAAUUUUUCUCAGAAUCUCGAAUUUUUAUUCCCCCCACACACACACACACACAGAGAUCUAUGUGCAGAGUCACAAAUAAGAGCAGGAAUUCUAGGUGGUAAGAGCCUAUACUGGAAUCCCUGGAUUUCUGCAUUUAUCUCAGAAUCACCCCAGCACCACUGUCCCAAAGCCUGGAGUCUUUCUAAAUAAGCAAAAUUUGCCCCCAGCAACUGCCUCAACUGCUGUCCCAGAUGCCCAUCAUGGGAUUCCACCAACUUCCUGCCACCCACCAGUCAGAUAUCCUUUCUCCCUAACAACCUUUCAAGGAGGCUCUCAGGAAAGAACUGAUUCACAGUAAAGUGUAGAAGGCUGACAAGAGGGAUGCGAUGCCUCUCCUAGAAGACAUUUGUUUUUAGCUGCAAUAAAACGAAGCCUUAUUCCUAAAGGAAAAGUGUUUGGAACUGUAGGGGUGGGGCUUCUGGGCAGGAAAAAAACCUUGAUUUUUCUCUAGGGCCCAGUGACUGUAUUGCUUUGGAACCUUUGCUCCACCAGCCAAGAACACUUUUUAUUUUGUAACUUUGUUCUUCUCCAAGGGACUAGAGGAAAAAUGCAUAUGCACGUGCAUUUUGCACGGCCACAUUUUCACCCAUUUUGGAAUGUAAUCCUUGUAUUGGCUAAUGCUUUUCCUGAUCUUUCUUAGAUGCAGGCCUCUAAUAACCUUGUCUAAGUUUUUUGAGGGGUGCUUCUUGAUUAAGUAGGUAACUUUGAACACCUCUUUAAAUACAGCUAGAAAGUAAAACCAAUUUGUAAAGCCACAUUUGCAUACGAUGCCAGCCUCACACAGCAUCUGUGUGUCUCCCAGACCUAGGUAUGCCUGUCCUGAAUAAAAUCAUAAGAACAUUUGCCUCCCUUCAGCUUCCUGUGUAUGAGCAAACAAGGAGCAAAGGCUUCCACAAUUACUCUUUUGUCUUCAUACAAUUAGUAAGAUAAAGUACCUAUUUUUAUGCUGAGAUGUUUAUACAGGUUUAUUAAUAGUAAGUGCAACUAACUGGUGGCAUGUCUUGCAACACGUUUUUGAUAUAGUAGCCAUGCUUCCUGGUGAAGGCAAGCCCCAGACUACUUACUUUUGCAGUCUCUCCAGAAUCAGUAAGAUAAAUGAAGAACUCAUGUGCUUGAGAAGUGGGACUGUAAAUAUGUACAUUUAACUUUGUGUAGCCCAUAUACCUAUCUUGUAUAGAAAAAUAAUUUUAAAAAGCUGAGCAGAAGGGGAGAGAAAUAAGGAAGUCAUGAAGGGCUUUUUUGCAUUUUGAUUUAAAUGAAGGAAUUUCAAAUAAUUCAUCUGCAGACUUAUAGCACAAAAAUAGUCAUUGGCAACUAUUUAACAUUUACAACUAUUAUUCUGGGAAAAGGCAACUAUAAUUUCAUUUACAGUUUUGUUUUUUGUUUUCUUUGGGCAGUCCUAUUUUUAUGCAAUAGAAUUAAGUCCUAUUGCUGGAAUGGAUUACUAUAAAAAAGGAUUAUAGUCUGAAAGAAAAAUAACUGACAUGUAUAACCAGUUAACUUAAAGUAUCACCAUUUAAAUUACACACUGAGCACAUUCUGUGCAUUUCUUUUCUUUAUUUCAGUGGAUUGAUUUGAUAAUAGAUGUGUUGAUUACUACUUUGCUGUACAUACUAUUUAAUAAACCUUAUUGGCAA